AUGCGGCUUCUCCAUCGCAAAGCCCGCGGCGAGUACGAAUUGACCCGCGAGUUUAUCGGCGACGACCGCCCCCCUGAGUACGCCAUCCUAUCGCACACCUGGCUCGCCAACAACGAGGAUGAAGUCAUUUUCACGGAUCUCCAAGUUCCCAAUGCCGCCAAGAGCAAGCCUGGAUUCUCCAAGAUCCAGUUUUGCGGAGAGCAGGCGGCCAAGGACGGGCUGGAGUACUUCUGGUGUUAUGCGUUUCUGACCGAUGUUUUCGUCGGCGACGGAGCCCGUACGCGAGCUGGGAGAAAGGGCUCUCCGCCGCCAUGGGAAGCCGAAUUUCGUCGCAGUCGGUGGUUCACCCGCGGAUGGACCCUCCAAGAGCUCCUGGCGCCUGCAUCUGUGGGCUUCUUUUCCGUCGAGGGCAUCCAGUUCGGCGACAAGAAGUCACUCGAGCACACCAUCCAUGAGAUCACUCGCAUCCCGCACCACACCCUGAAAGGUCACCCUCUCGGCGACUUUACCGUCUCGGAUCGCCUCUCUUGGACAGAAAACCGCCAAACCAAACGCCCAGAGGACAAAGCGUAUUGCCUUCUUGGCAUCUUCGACGUGUCCAUGUCGCUCAGAUACGGCGAGGGUCAUAACGCGUUUCUACGGCUGCAGAAAAAACUCAACAAGAUCGGACCCCGACUUGACCCGGCACUGGAGUCGCUUCCAGUCGCCACCGAUGCUCCCUUCAACUCCAAGAAGAACGAGUCCGAGCCUCUUUGUCUGCCCACCACGAGAACAGAUCUUCUCCACGGCAUCCAGCAGUGGGCCGACGAUCGCACUGACGACCGCUGCAUUUACUGGUUGAGUGGCAUGGCCGGCACGGGCAAGUCCACCGUCGCUCGCACCAUCGCCAAUAUCUACCACGACCAGGGUGAACUCGGCGCAAGCUUCUUCUUCUCCAAGGGUGGCGGCGAGGUGGGCAAUGCCGAUCGGCUGUUCACAACCCUUGCUCGGCAGCUGGCGGCGAGCGCUGCCUCAGCAAGGCGCUACAUAUCCGAGGCUGUAUCACAACAGCCGGACAUUGCACAGCGCUCCCUGCGGUACCAGUGGGAGACGCUGAUUAGAGGGCCUCUUUCGAAGCUCAGCAGCUACCCGGCUCCGCGAAAGAUUGUCAUGGUAAUCGACGCCCUGGAUGAGUGUGGUAGCGACACUAGCAUCGAGGUAGUCUUGAAUAUCUUGGCCACGGCCCGCCUACUCGAAUCCGUCAGGCUGCGUAUACUGAUCACGAGCCGCCCCGAGAUUUCGGUCCGCUCCGCCUUUUCCAAAAGACCGGUGACCGAGCGCCAAGUUUUUGUGCUUCACGAAAUAUCCAAGACGCUGAUCGACCGAGAUCUCACUCAGUUCUUCAAGUCCCGCUUCUCUAACAUCAGGGAGGGGCGGGACUACGGGGACGACUGGCCUGGAAUGGAGACCAUCGAGCGCCUGGUCGAGUGCUCUUGCGGCCUCUUCAUCUGGGCAUCGACUGCCUGCCGUUUCAUCGAGGGAGGAAAGCGUCUCGCGGCGCGACGAAUAGAGAAGCUCAUCAAUGAACAUCGCUCUGGCAAAGCGGGCCCGGAAGAGCAGCUCGACCAGAUAUACACGACGGUGCUGCAAAACGCCAUUGCGCAGGACAGCAGCCCGACAGAGAAGGAUGAAGUUUGCCUAGUACUUAAACGAGUCCUCGGGAGCAUCGUGGUUCUCUUAUCACCUCUUUCUAUCGACUCUCUUGGCCGCUUGAUCGAGCUGCCCCCUGGCGAAACGUUUAAGGAUGUCCUCGCCGACCUGCACACCAUCUUCCACAUCCCCAGCAGCACGUCUCAAACUCUCAGACUCCACCACCCUACAUUUCGCGACUUCCUACUCGAUAACCAGCGGUGCGGCGAUCCCAGCUUUUGGGUGAACGGGAGAGAAGCCCACUCCAUCCUCGCUGACAGCUGCAUCGAUAUCAUGUCCGAGAUGCUCAAGAGAGAUAUAUGCGGCCUCGAGUCCCCGGGUACCCUUGCCAAGGACGUCGACCCAGAUAUUGUUAAGCAGCACAUCCCUCCUGUGCUCGAGUACGCAUGCCUGUACUGGGUUCAGCACGUCCAAAUGAGCGGGCAGCGCCUCUGCGACAACGAUCGAGUGGACUGUUUUUUCCGAGAGUACUUCCUUUGUUGGGUUGAAGCCAUCAGCCUUUUGGGUAAAACCGCAGGAAUGACGGCUACUGUUCGCCUAUAUAACUCCCUGCUUGUGCCUGAGUGCAACAAGCGUCAGAGUCUCUUUGUCGGAGAUGCCAGGCGACUGCUAUUCACGUUUUUGAACGUCAUCAAGCAGGCACCACUCCAGAUAUACUGCGCUGCAAUCGCCUUCCUCCAGCCCAACGAACUGCGGGAGCACCUCUUGAAUCAGCUCCACCCCUGGGUCAGGGGCGCCCGGGUUGCUGCUGCCGAUGUCCCAGCCACAAAAGACGAGUCCAACUACGUCAAUGACUUGGCGUUCACGACUGACGGGCGCUACAUUGCGUCGGGCUCGAUGGGCUCCGAGACCAGACUUUGGACCGUUGCUACAAAAGCUGUGGCGUGCAAAUUCGAAGGCCCGUCGGACAAGAUCAGUUCUGUCGCCAUCUCGCGAGACGGAAGGACCAUCGCCGCCGGUUCGGACGACUUCACCGUCGCUGUUUGGGAUUUCAGGACACGUGAGCUGCGACACAUGCUCAAGACGCACAAGCGCUGGGUCAACUCUGUGGCCUUCUCGCCUGACAACAAGUUGCUCAUGUCGGCAUCAAUGGACGAAACCAUCGCGCUGUGGGACCCGGAAAGCGGGAGGAACCUUUGCCAGUUCAGCAAUCAGGCGGGCUGUGUGAAUUCGGCCACAUUCUCCCCCGAUGGGGCAUCCAUCGUGGCGGGUUCGGUGGACCAGAUGGUGCGCGUCUGGGACGUGUCGGGCGGCUCGGGAGAGCUCCGCGCAAUACUUGACGGCCAUUCGGGCGCCGUCAACUCGGUCAGGUUCUCGAGUGGUGGAAAGCACAUCCUGUCUGGCUCCGACGACCUGACGGUAAGGGUCUGGAAUGUGGCAAGAUGGAGCGAGAUAUUGAUGAUGAGGGGGCACACCAAAAAGAUCAUGGCCGUCACUUUCUCGCCGGACGAUCGACUUAUCGUCUCUGGUGGCGAUGAUAAGACCAUCCGGGUGUGGGACGCCGCUACCGGAGCCCCCCUGCACACCCUCCGAGGCCACACAAGCGGCGUCAACGCCGUAUUAUUUUCUCCCAACCGCCAAGCCCUGGCGUCUGGGUGCUUCAACGACGAGGUCUGGCUCUGGGACGUGGAUUCUUGGAAGCCGCAAGGCCAAUUGGAGGACUUUCAAGACUUGGACGAUGACGACAAUGGGUUUUUGAUGAUCGAGCAGUUUCACGACCGGGCGCCGUCGCCCGUGAUAGAGCUUGCAGGCUUCACAAUUCUGGAGAGCACCAGCGACAUUGCCCUCCCUUCCACCAUGAUCAAGAUGCAAGACUCGGCCAUACUGGCCAAGGGCGAGUUCAAGGGGCAUUCCGAAGCGGUAACGUGCGCCGUCUUCUCGCCGGACGGAGGGUUCCUUGCUACGGCUUCACAUGACGGUACAGUCAAGUUGUGGCUGGUGGAGGAGCUGUCUGAGCAUUGGAGUUUGACUGGCCAUUCGGCUGCGAUCGAGCACCUCACCUUCUCCCCAGACGGACUGCUUAUUGCAUCAGCGUCGAGCGACAAGACGAUCAGGCUGUGGAGCGCACAUUCGAGAUCGGCACACCACACUCUCGAAGGCCAUACCGAUGAGGUUCAGCUCACAGUAUUCUCGCCGGACAAUCGAAUGCUUGCGUCGUUGGCGGCCGAUAACUCGAUUCGACUGUGGAGCCCGGACACUGGGGCGGCUUUGGCUACGCUGGAGCGCCACAGGCUCCCGGUCGGUGACAUGGCCUUUUCGAGGGACAGCCGGACACUGGCGUCAUGCUCUGCAGAUGCCAAUGUCAUCAUCUGGAAUGCGCGCACGGCAGAGCCAGUGGCGUUGCUCGCGGGCCACACGGGACCGGUGAACUCUGUUGCCUUCUCGCCUGACGGGACGCAGCUCGUGUCCAGCUCGGAGGACGCAAGCACUCGGGUCUGGGAUGUGGCCCGGCACGAGACGCGCGAAGUCCUCGGGAUGGGCGGGCACGCCAUGACGUGCAGUGCCUUCUCACCCGAUGGCCAAGUGGUCGCCUACUGCGCCGUAGACGGGAGGAUCAAGUUCUGGGACGCCAAGACCGGGUCAGAGGAAGUGAUGGAUGCGGGUAUAGUAGUCCGCACCGUGUCCUUUUCGUCUUGCGGUAGAUACCUCGAGACGGACAGGGGGGCGUUGGCGGUUCCAGGUCGAUCCGCUUCCUCGUCGGCGUCCUCCCUCGCCAAUUACUUCCAUCGUCUACCCCUCUUCGUCAGUCAUGACUGGGUGCAGCGGGAAAGGGAGAAGGCGGUUUGGCUCCCGGAGGAGUAUCAUGCGCGCUGUGUGGCCAACUUUGGGGAGCUUGUUGUGCUGGGGCAUGAGUCUGGUGCAAUCUCGUUUCUUCGUGUGCAUUGA